CCGUUACCCAAAUCAGUCCCGUCUAAAAAUGGCGGAGUAUAUACAUGUCGUUCGAAGGGCUUUGGGACAGUUAGGAGGUCACGGUGGUGUGAAAGGCUUAUUUGUUCAGUUAUUCAGGGCAAAUGAUGUGAAAACGGGAGCGCUGAUUGGCGUGGACAAGUAUGGAAACAAGUACUUUGAGGACACACGCUACUUUUUUGGUCGUCACCGCUGGGUGAUCUACACGACAGAGAUGAAUGGAAAGAACACCAUGUGGGAGGUGGAUGGUAGCAUGGUGCCCGCUGAAUGGCAUCGCUGGCUGCACUGUAUGACAGACAACCCCCCCACCACACACCCCCCUACACUGAAGAAGUUCCUGGCGGAGGUCCACCAGUUCAACGUGAGUGGUUCGGCCCAGGCGUAUGUGCCCUACUCCACCACCCGUAAGAAGAUCCACGAGUGGGUGCCCCCAAAGGCUCAGUGACCCUGCUGUGACCUCACCUGACCUUCAACUUCUGACCUUGUUCUGUAAAUGAGUGUGAUUUCCUGUGUGUGCAUUCACCAGCGCAUCUUUGCUUCUAAAUAAAAUCUAAUCUAUAUGGACACUGA